AUGGCCCAAAUGAAGGUUUUCAUUUCCACACAUAUACUGCUGCUAAAAUUUCCUACGCCCUAUGGCACAUGCACGGUGCGCGGCGACCAACUUGGUGCCCGAAGCUGCUAUGCUUUAGUAGUCAAAUCCACCAAUCGCCAACAUAAGGGUGAGGCCCUCGUAGUAACCCAGGCCCCAGCCCUUCCUCGAGCUGGCAUUGAACGACCUAAAGGCCCCAGGGAGGAAUCUGUCACCCAGCAGGCAGAACCUGUGGAAGACCUUGAGCUGGUCACUCUCCAUGAUAACAUCCCGGAUCGGCAGGUCCGAAUUGACACCUCCCUCCCACCAGAGCUUCGCUCUGAUCUCGUCGCCUUCCUCUGCCUCAACUCUGAGAAGCGUCGUGCUUAUGACCUAGAGCGGUAUGAGGCCAUAAGGGCCGGGGCGAAUAAGCUUAGUACCAUUGGAUUUAUCAAGGAAGUGGACUAUCCCACUUGGCUGGCUAAUGUGGUGAUGGUCCGUAAACCAAAAAAGUGCUGGCGCAUGUGUCAGGCCUACCUAAAGGAUAGCUUCCCCUUACCCCGCAUUGACCAGCUAGUGGACGCCACAGCUGGCCAUGCCCUCCUCAGCUUCAUGGAUGCUUACUCUGGGUAUAACCAGAUCUUCAUGCACCCUGAAGACCAAGCCCACACCUCCUUCAUCACGGAUCAUGGUCCAUACUGCUAUAAGGUGAUGCCCUUCGGGCUAAAGAAUGUCGAGGCUACUUAUCAGCGCCUGCACAUCCCUAACCUCUUUGCCACGUUCACCAUCUUGAAGGAGUAUAGAAUGAGGCUUAACCCCACCAAGUGUGCAUUCGGGGUGGCUUCAGGCAAAUUCCUUGGCUUCAUGAUUAGCCAGAGAGAUUCAUCUCCAAAGCUACUGAUCGCUGCGCCCCAUUCUUCAAGGCACUUAAGGGUAGCAAACAAAGCAUUACCUGGACUGCCGAGUGUGACAAAGCCUUCAGCGAGCUCAAGGAUUAGCUCUGUGCUCAUCCGGCCAAAGGAGAGUGCUGAGCACCCAGUGCAUUAUGUUAGCAAAGCAUUACAAGAUACUGAGGUUCGGUACCCAGACAUUGAGAAGCUGGCCUUCGCACUAGCAAGUAUUGUAGAAGCCAGAGACUUCUGGGAGGCUUCGACCGCUACCCAGAUCAUAACCGAACCCAAUCUUCCUUUGGGCCAGCUCCACGUCGCCAACAAUGGCAAUCUCGACCUAACCCAACCCUUGUGGACCUUAUAUGUGGAUGGCUCAUCCAAUACCCAAGAAUGUGGGGCUGGCCUAAUUCUCAUCUCCCUAGACAAGGUUGUCCUUGAGUACGCCCUUCGCUUCAAAUUCCACGCCUCCAACAAUAAGGCCGAAUAUGAAGCACUCUUAGCUGGCCUUCAGCUGGCCAAGGAGAUGGGCGCCAAUCAAAUUCAGAUAUUCAACGACUCACAGCUCGUUGUCCAUCAAGUCAACCAGGACUUCACGGCCAAGGACAUCUCUAUGAUCGCCUACCUCCAGCAUACCCGUCAUUUGCUUGCAACAUUCGACACUCAUCUUAUAAGCCAAGUGUCACGCUAUGAGAACAACCAUGCUGAUGAGUUGGCUAGGCUAGCCUCGGCCUUGGAGCAGGGCACAAGUCGCAAUAUCCACAUCGAGUUCUUGGAUCAGCCCAGGACACAAGCACUAAUCAUCUGUACCAUUGAUCACAGCCCUACAUGGAUGGACCCCAUCAUUCAGUUUUUACAGAACCAGACACUUCCUGCCAAUCCUGCUGAGGCACGGCGUGUUCGCUAUCGCUCCGCCGGAUACCUGAUCGUCAAUGGCGCCCUAUACAAGCGUGGCUUCAGCCUCCCCUACCUUUGGUGCCUGACCAUAGAGGAAGGUAACUACGUCCUAAGGGAGAUUCAUGAGGGCAUCCGCGGCAACCACUCAGGCGCUCUCUCCCUAGCACACAAGGCCAUUCGGCAAGGAUACUUUUGGCCAUCAUUUCAUACAGAUGCCCAAGCCUUCACCCAGAAGUGCGACAAGUGCCAGCGGUUUGCCAACAUCCCACAACUUCCAGCUGAACCAUUGACAGCCAUGGUCAAUCCUUGGCCAUUUGCCCAGUGGGGACUUGCCCUCAUUGGACCUAUGCCUGAGGGCAAGGGCCAAGUCAAGUAUGUAGUUGUGGCUGUAGACUAUUUCACCAAAUGGGCUGAAGCCGAAGCCUUAGCCACCAUCACGGCAGCUCCCAUCAAGACAUUCGUCUGGCAAAACAUCAUAUGUCGCUUCGACAUCCCUAACACUAUCAUUACAGACAAUGGCCGGUUCCCCGAAGUUCUCUGGUCUUACCGCACUACCUUCCGUACCUCCAUAGGAGAAACACCGUUCUCUCUUUCCUUUGGUACUGAAGUCGUGGCACCUGUGGACAUUGGCCAGCCCAUAUACCGAACCUUCACUUACGAGGCCGAAGCCAAUGACGAGUAG